AGGUGCGAGGCCAAAUUGUUAUUGUGUGGGACUUCUCUACAGGGCCCAACCUCAUUGCUGGCAUUUUCCACAUUCUGCCCGGGACACUGACUUAUAGGAGGUUUCGUUCUAGCGCUGGGCUUGCAUGUGCAAAAUUUACCAAGGGGGUGUCAGGAAUUUCAAUCUUUGCUUCCAGACUGGCAGCAUGGGGGCUGACGCGGGGCAUGUGCAGGACACGCACGCUAUUUUCUAGCAUCUUUAGUUUGAGACUUGAGAACUCCUCAUUUGUGAGCCUCUCACCACUGGGUGACAUGCAAACGGUUCGAAUGUUGCUUGGCUCGGGGAAAUUCUACCAGGCUGGUGUUUGUUGUGGGAAUGCCUGAGGCAAAGUGAACAGGAUUAUGUUGGCUGCGACACUCACGGCGGCGCUGAUCUAUCUCACGGUGCAAAAUAGUGGCACCUUGGCUUUGGGCACGGCAUGCUGGGACGAGAAGUUGACGCGGGCGGGCAGGAACGGCAGUUGCGUUGCUUUGCAGCCCUUCCUGAUCUUCGGCCAUGGUAAAGCCAUACACAGGAUGGACCUGGACGGGAAGAACCAGAGACGGCUGAUUGCUGGGGUGGCAUCUUCCAUUCUGCUUGAUUUCCAUUUCAGCGAGGAACAAAUCUACUGGGUGGACAAGCGCACAGGAAUCAUCUACAAGUCAUCCGUGAGAGGCUUGCACAGACAGAAACUGUACUCAUCUGACAAACACAUUUCGGGCCUCACCGUGGAUUGGAUUCGGAAUGCCGUGUACUGGACGAGCAGGGAAAAGGGCAGAAUCAAAAGGAUGGAUACAAACGGGAAAAGCGAAAGGACUCUUGUGAGGCACUUGACUCAGCCAAACUCGAUUGUGAUCGACCCCACUAAACGGUUUUUGUUUUGGCUGUCCGGUGGAAUAAGCCCAAGUAUCCAUAGGUGUGACGUUACAGGACAAGCAAAAAUGACACUGAUUGAAACCUCGCAGCAGUUGAAGGCACUGUCCGUCGACCACAGAGACAGGAGACUGUUCUGGGUACAAUUUGGUCUGCAAGGAGAAAGCUCCAUCGCCUCCACAGACUACAACGGCAAAGCUCUACACAUCAUAGAUCAGCCCCUUCAGUCUGAUUUGCUGGGAAUAGCCCUUUUCCACAAGCACAUAUAUUACACAGAUGCCGCGUCCCGAGCAAUAAAACGAAUCAACAAGUACACAGGCGGCGAGGAUCUGGAAGUCACCUUAAAACAAAUGGCAAAGGUCCCAGUUGAUAUUAAAGUGGUUCAUCCUGAUAAGCAGCCAAUGGCCGACUCACCAUCGCCGCUUCCAGGAUGUGAUGAACAGAGCGGCACCUGCGUCAAUGUGUGCUCAGGUACAGCUGAGCAAGGAGUUUGCCAGUGCAGUGAAGGCUUUGCUCUCAGUAAGCAAGGCUUCUACUGUGAAGAUGUGAAUGAAUGUGCCCACUGGAACCAUGGCUGCUCUCUCGGCUGUGAGAACAUCCCAGGCUCUUAUUUCUGCACCUGCCCCAACGGAUAUGCCCUUCUACCAGAUAAAAAAACAUGCCGAGAGAUCAUGACCUGUGAAGGCAAUGCCACUGAGUGUGGUCAUGGUUGCCUAGCAACAGAUGAAGGUCCCGUGUGUGUUUGCCCAAAGGGUUCUGUGUUAAAAGAAGAUGGACAGGAUUGUACAGGAUGCUCCUCCGCAGACAAAGGGGGCUGCAGUCAGCUGUGCGUCCCUAUCUCUCCCACUAGGUGGCGAUGUGAUUGCCUGCCGGGCUACCAGCUCCACCAAGACGGCAAGCGGUGCAUUGCCUCUGGACCACCACCAUAUCUGCUUGUCGCCAGUCUGGUGGCUGUGCAGAGAAUAAAUAGUGAUGGCACUGAGGGCCAAAUCCUUGUGCAUGAACCCAGAGGAGCAAUUGAAUCUUUGGACUAUGACCCAGUGUCAAACCACGUGUACUUUGCUAGCACAUCCCAGAAAACCAUUGAACGGGUCCAUAUGAACGGCGGAUCCAAACGACGAGUCAUUACCAAUGGUCCAGACUCGAAUCAUGGGCUGGCUGUCGAUUGGAUACAUCGCAAGAUUUACUGGACCGUUACAAGACAGUCAAUAUUGGUCAGCAGUACCUUGGAUGGACUCAACGUGACAACUGUAGUGAGCAGUGGACUCGACAAGCCAACAUCCAUCACAGUUCAUCCUCUGGAAAAGAAGUUGUUCUGGGCGGAUAUCGGACAUCAACCUACAGUGGAAAGUUGCUCUUUAUAUGGGAUGGACCGCAGAGUGAUCGCAAGCACAAACCUGGUGUCGCCUGGGGGUCUGACGGUCGACUUUGCCGAGGGUCGUCUGUUCUGGUGCGACGAGAGCAGGGUCGAGACCUGCGCAUUGGACGGUUCUAAACGUCGGAUCCUGCUAGAGAACCAAGUAGGCCGGCCCUUUGACCUGGCCGUGUUCGAGGACAGUCUCUGGAUAGUGGACAGGGAGCGCCGGCAGUUGAUGAGCGUGUACAAGCAGACGGGGAGGGAACUGCAACGUCUCCUUGUCGACCUGGUCCAACCUGCGUCCGUUGUGGUGGUGCAUCCACUUGCUAAACCUGGGUUAGGCUUAGACAACAAGUCCACAGACAAAACACUCAAUGAUGAAAGUACACCGCACACACCCUCUAACAGAGCCGCUGUGGACUCGGAAGUGGAAGCGAGGACCUUCACAGACAAGAUGGUGUCUGACAAGCACGAGUGCUAUUCAGCAGGAUCAUGCGGUCCCAACGCCAAGUGUCUCCUGAAUGCCGGCAGUCCAACCUGCUCUUGUCUCGAAGGUUUCACCGGUGACGGACACUUGUGUGUGGAUAUACGUAAAACACCGCCAUCCAUGACAUCCAGCCACCCUGGAAACUCUGUGGAGAGUUGCCCCUCCACCCAUGAAUCAUACUGCUUGUACCAGGGCAUUUGCUUCUAUUUCCCUGAGGUGGAGUCCUAUGCCUGCAACUGUGUUGCGGGCUACAUGGGCGAGCGCUGUCAGUUCAGCGACUUGGAAUGGUGGGAGCUUCAGCAAGCCGAGGAGGAGAGGCGCAGGAAUGUGGUAGUCGCUUCCUGCAUGGUGCUCCUGAUUUGCCUGCUCUCCAUCGCUGCCUGUGUCACCUACUGCUACAGAACUCGAGGACUCUUCCGCAAGCAGCCCUCGGCGGAUAACGUGAGCAAGACCAGUGCGACAGACGAGGACGUGUUAGAGACCAACAAAGACGGUGUAUGUCAGGUCUACACGGUCAUGAACAAUGACCCAAAAGGAAGCACACUCCCAGCACCGGGUUGUCCCCGGAGGGCUGUAUGUCCAUCCUGCUCAUCAGAGACAGGUACUGCAAGCGACUGUGAGCGUGAACGCCGAGCUGGCUCCCAGAAUACAUUUGCAUUGCCUUCCGUCAGGAGACAACCAGCUCGAAGAACCAGAGAUGUGGUCUAUACGGAAUCAGGCGUACGAGUGUUCCAUGGUGUCCACUGUUGCCAUGGAAACCAACCGGCAAUCCCUCCACAGCUCGAGUCAGUCGCCAGACUCCAUCCUACAGGCGUAACUCCCAAGUGUAAAGUCAGCUAGCUGCCUCCUGCGCAGUUUAAAUGAGUCUUGCAUUACCUGCUCCUUACACUAGGGGUCAACAACGUACUAGAUUUUGUACAGUGGCGUUUACGUCGAAUCAGUGGUUCACUGAAGCAAGUAAUUUAACGAUUCGGGAUAUCUCAACCAACAUUGCAGUAUUUAAUAUUUUUGGAUUGCCUGGCCAGUUCUCCUGUUUAACUAAUGGUUAAAAUCCAUAAUUUAUUGUGACCCUAUUAGACAGUAGUCCUUGGAUGAGCAGCAAUGUACACUAUCAACAUGUAGCAGUAACGCAAAACUGUGACAUGAAACUUGUUGAAACUUCCACUAAUAAAACUAUAAUCACAA